AUGAACAAUAUCUAUUAUGAAUUGUUUAAUCAAUUACGAUCAAUACUCAAACGUAUUGAUGAUCGAUUAUGGAAACUAUAUAUCGGUAUUGAAUUAUUACGGCCAAACAUACAGGAUUCUAAUCAAAACAUAAGACGUGCACAUUGUGUUAUGUUAAGAAAAUUGCAAACAAUUCGUUUGUCAUUGAUAAAAUCAAUGAUAAUCGAUAAUACAUGUUUGGUUGCUGAAAAGAAUGAUGAUGAUCAAGAUGAAGAUGCUUCUGGUGAUGGUGAUGAUGAUGUACCGAGACGGGGGAGACCAUUGGGGUCUCAAAAUAAAACAUAUGAAGUUAAUCAAGAACGAUUGAAUUCUUUACGACCUCGAAAUGUAAUUGGUGUCGUUGCAGCUGGUACUGAGCCACUAACGUUUGAUGAUGCUGUAGAUUCAGAGGAAUCUAUGAAGUGGUUUCAAGCUAUGACCAGUGAGAUGAAUUCAUUGAUUGAAAAUAAAACAUUCACAUUAGUUGAUCCACCGAAUAACAAUCCUGUUAUUACAUCAAAAUGGAUAUAUCGUAUCAAAAGCGAUGGGCGUUACAAAGCGCGUUUAGUCGCUCGUGGUUUUCAACAACAACAUAAUGUUGAUUAUUUUGAUACAUAUGCACCGGUUAAAUGUAGAUUUUUUUGUUUACUCAAUAAUAAUGUUGGUUUCGGCGGUAGUAGUGGUUCAACAACAACAACAACAACAACAUCAACACCACAAUAUCAUCAUACAGUUUAUUAUACAACAUCGGUACCAUUGAUUACAAUCAAUCGUUCGAAUCAAGUUUUUUAUCGUUUUGUUUGCAAUCUUGCAUUAGCCGAUCUAUUGGUUGUAUUAUUCUGUUUGAUACCGACAUUAAUUGGUAACAUCUAUUUACCCUGGGUACUAGGACGAUCAGUAUGUAAAGCUGUACCAUAUUUACAAGGUGUAUCAGUGAAUGCUUCGGUCUAUACAUUGGUUGCAAUUUCAAUUGAUCGAUUCUAUGCAAUUUAUUAUCCAUUGAGUAAAAAAUGUUCUACCCGUAUGUGUUGGACAACCAUUAUAUUGAUUUGGCUAUUUAGUAUGAUUAUAUCAUUUCCAUGGCUUGUUUAUUUCGAUGUUUUCAAUAUUGAUGUUGGUAAUGAUUUUCCAACUACUACUACUACUACUACUACCACAACUACUGCUACUACUGCUAAUAGCACGAUUGCCGCUGCUGCCGCAUAUAUAUCAAUUGCAGCAUCAAAUUUAUCAACAAUAAAAACAAACGUAACCGCAACAGCGGCAACGACAACAGCAACAACAACAACAACAACAACAACAACAACAUUAUUAUCAGAUUCAGCCAUUGAUAUAAUGAUUUCAACAUUUGAUACAUCUGGAUCUGAAUUUUUAAAUCAUCAUCAACAUCAACAUCAACAUCAACAUCAUCAUCAAAUGAUAAUGGAUAAAUGA